UGCAUAUCCAGAAUCUUUCUCUCAACAACCAUUAUACCUCCUAUAUGUAUUCUGUUUAAUUCAGAAUCAUAUAUUAUAAUGCAUGUCUUUUAAAGCUGUCAGCCUCUGUGGAUAAGGCGUCACAACGGCUGUGUUUCCAGAUACUUUAAACUUAAGGUUCAUGAUGGCUGAAGUGUUGAAGAACAGCAAAGUUCUCCAGACUAUUAAGGACUCCCUGGAUAAGAAUACCAUGUCUGACAUCAAAGCCACUCUGGAGGACUUGCUGAGCAAUUGUCUUAACAUUGCAGUGAUUGGUAAGAGAGUGCCAGAGAAGAUGACUUUCAUUAACUCGCUCAGAGGCUUGGGGGAUGAUGAUGUAGGGGCAGCCCAUGCUGGUCCUGCCGAUACCAACAAAGAACCUAUAAUGUAUCCUCACCCCCAACACUCAGAUGUACGAAUCUGGGAUCUGUCCAUGCCUGAGAGCAAUGAAUGUAAUCCCAAUGAAUAUCUGGAAACAGUGAAGGUCAAUCACUAUUGUUCCCUCAUUUUCACCGUGUCUGAGCGUUUGGCAGUGGCCUAUGCUGCCUUAUGGAAGGAGCUUCACAAAGGCGAGAAGGAGCUUUACUUCAUCCUGCUUACAUCUGUGACGGAUUCGUCUGAUUCAUUACUGGAGAAGAAGAGGUCCAUCAUGGAGAGUUUUAAGAAUCAGGGGGUGAAAAGUCCUCAGGUGUUCCUAGUUUCAAGCUCAGCCCUGCACCAGCUGGAGUUCAUGGACCUCCUGGAAGCCAUGGAAAAGAAUAUUCCGGAGCUAAGGAUGAAUGCCCUGCUUUUCUCUCUCCCAACCUUUUCUGUGCCGAUCCUUAAGAAGAAGAGAGCUGCUUUCAAAGCUGUGGUGUGGACAGCGGCGUCUCUGUCAGGAGGAGCAUCCACCAUUCCCCUCCCAACAGUGUCUUCUGUUCUUGACGUCAACAUGUUGAUGAAGAUCUUGAACAAGGCCCGCGACUCCUUCGGCCUGGACAAUAAGUCCCUGGAGAGGCUUGCCAAGCAGGCGCGCCUGCCUGUGGCAGAACUCGAGUCAGCCCGGACCUCGGAGCUGUCGAUUGAGAUCAGCAAACUUGUGAUCCAGAGGAAGCUGGCCCUGGCGGAGAAGGAGAGGAGCCUGGGUGCCAAACUUGUAGAUACUGCUCUCACCGGUUCGGUGAAAUCCAUGACAAAGUCAUUCACGACCAUGUACUUCAUGCUGACAGCUUCGUUGGACGAGCUGGAGGAGGAUGCAGUGAGAGUGUUGCGGAAAGCCUAUGGGGAUAAUUAUUAGGAGCUUUGCAUUAAUUGGCCAUUGAUCCAUUGGCCAAUGGUAUCUUUCCUAUUAUUCAGUGCUCAGUGCACGCUGGUGCAACAUCCUUUGUGUGUGUGCAUUUUUCUUAAAUACUCCAAUUUUCUCCCCCUUUCUCAGGACAUGCUAGGUUGAUUAAUCGGUGUUUCUCAUUGUGUAUGCUUACCAUGCGCUUGCAUCUGCAUUCCACAAAUUGAUGUCCCACCCAGAAUAUGGUCCUCUUAUGUACCCUGUGAUUGCAGGAUGGGCUUCUGGUUGUUUGCCGUGACCCUUAUCAGGAAUACGUUUCUUGUAUAAUGGAUGGUUGGAUACUAAAUCUCAUUUGAUCUUAUCCUGUUUUCCAUCCAUGCACUAUGUGUAAAAUUGCACUAGUUCCUGCAUUGUCCUUCCAAUUGUUCUUCCUGGAUUGGAGGGAACAUUGUAUUCUAAUUGUUAAAGGAAGUUAAGUUUUUUUUUUUGGCCCAGAAAAGAAAAGAUGUAAAGAUGUCCAGCAAUAACAGUAUUCAUAGGUAUUGGGGUAUUCAAAAUGCACUGUGAAUAACCACUGAAGUAACAGGUCGGAAAAAUAUUCACAACUCUUUACUGUCUUCUUCAAACUGCAAACCACAAACACUGUUAAAGGUAUUUUAUGGUGGCAGUAAUGGAGACUCAGUUUCAUUAAACAUCCCUUUGAGUAUUAUGCUAACCUUGUGAUCCAGCUAGACUCCUCUAAACAGGAAGAUUUUAGCUAACUGUGGCUUACAUUGUACUAUAAAACUAUAAAACCUGAACUAUAAAACUGUGCAUUAUCAUAUGUGUAAUAAAAAGAAU